AUGUUCAGCAUCGCCAGUGGCCUCCUGGUGGCCGCCCUCUUGUCGAGGACGGCUCAGGCGGGGAACUGGUUGAGAACGUCGCCGCGCGGGAACGCCCUGCCUGACGGUGAACCGCCGGCAUCCUUCGACCGCAGGGAAAACGUAGUGUUCCCCGCGGGCGUGUCGAGCGAGCGGGACGUUCGCCCUGCCUUGCUGCAAACCAACAAGUUCUACUCGAACUUCCUGCUCAAUGGCCCCGCCCGCGCGGCGUGGACUCUACCGUACAUCGUGUCCGUGAACGAUGACCUCCCGUUCGGGAUGAGCGUGGCAUAUCCCAAGUUUUUCGAAGGAGAGAGGUCGGAGGAUGACCGCCUCGAGUGGUACGCAACUACCACAACGAAGGAUAUCGUCCUAAGCGCCGUGGAGUUGCACACCAACCAAGAGGCGACUUUGACCGACUUUGACGACCAGGGAUUUACCGCAUUCGUCAGUUUUUCUUCUGCUUUGGUGGAUGGAAGCAUGAAGACGUGGCUCGUGCGAGGAAUGGUAAGACCGACCAACGUUCGCUCAUUUGCAAGUGUUUCCGUCUUGAGGCUUACCGAAUACGUAUCGUCCAAGUCGGAUUGUUAA